GCGGUGAGCGCGGGCGGCCGCGAGCGCGGGCCGGCCCUCCCGGACGGAGGCGAGGCCGCGCCGCGGGCGGCCAUGGAGCGCUACUAGGGCCGGCGGGGCAGGCAGGAGUCCUAGAGGAUGAUUUAGUGAUGGAAUGGACUAGUUCAAAUGUUAGUCAUGAACUCUCCACAUUAAUUGCCAUCUUCUCACUCUGACCGAAGAGAGAGCCUGGGCUGAGGGAUAAGGGAAAGCGGCCACCAUGAAGCUGAAACAGCGAGCUGUCCUACUGGUCAUCCUCAUCAUCAUCUUUAUCUUUACAAAAGUUUUCCUUAUUGACAACUUGGACACGUCAGCUGCCAAUCGUGAGGACCAGCGGGCCUUUCACCGAAUGAUGGCCAGCCUCCGUGUGGAGCUGGAUCCCCGCCUGGAACAUACGUUGCAGUCUCCUUGGGAGAUUGCUGCUCAAUGGGUAGUGCCACGGGAAGUGUACCCAGAAGAGACCCCAGAGCUGGGGGCCAUUAUGCAUGCCAUGGCCACCAAGAAGAUCAUUAAGGCUGAUGUGGGCUACAAGGGCACACAGCUUAAAGCCUUACUGAUACUUGAAGGAGGACAGAAAGUUGUCUUCAAACCUAAGCGGUAUAGUCGAGACUAUGUGGUCGAAGGGGAGCCAUAUGCUGGUUAUGACAGGCACAAUGCAGAAGUAGCAGCUUUUCACUUGGACAGAAUCUUAGGUUUCCGUCGUGCUCCCUUGGUGGUUGGGAGAUUUGUGAAUCUUCGAACUGAGAUCAAGCCUGUUGCCACAGAGCAGUUACUGAGCACAUUUUUAACUCUUGGUAACAACACUUGCUUUUACGGGAAGUGUUAUUAUUGCCGAGAAACGGAGCCCGCCUGUGCGGAUGGAGACCUCAUGGAAGGGUCUGUUACCCUGUGGCUUCCAGAUGUCUGGCCGCUGCAAAAACACCGACACCCGUGGGGCAGGACUUACAGGGAGGGGAAGCUUGCCAGGUGGGAGUACGACGACAGCUACUGCGACGCCGUGAAGAAGACGUCCCCCUACGACUCCGGGCCCCGGCUUCUGGACAUCGUGGACACUGCGGUCUUUGACUAUCUGAUUGGCAAUGCCGACCGCCACCACUACGAGAGCUUUCAGGACGACGAGGGCGCCAGCAUGCUUAUUCUCCUGGACAACGCCAAGAGCUUUGGAAACCCUACUCUGGAUGAGAGAAGCAUCCUCGCCCCUCUCUACCAGUGCUGCAUAAUUCGGGUCUCCACCUGGAACAGGCUGAACUACCUAAAGAACGGUGUGCUGAAGUCUGCCUUAAAGUCGGCCACGGCUCACGACCCCAUCUCCCCCGUGCUCUCUGACUCCCAUCUGGAGGCUCUGGAUCAGCGACUCCUGAGCAUCUUGGCCACUGUGAAGCAGUGCACCGAUCAGUUUGGGACAGACGCUGUGCUGGUGGAGGACAGGAUGACUCUCUCCCACUUGUAAUUUUAGUGGAAAACAAUUGAAACUUCUUUUUACAAAUGAUAGAGAAACAGCACAAAUGAUUCCAAAGGGAUGGAUGGGCAAAGACUGGCAACACGAUCUCUGGCCACAGGGGACGGGCAGCCUUUGGGUCUCGGGCUUUCCCGUGACGAGCUAAAGCACUAACUGAAAGCUUCAGGCCGUCGUGAGGCCCCUGCACGGCCCCUGACAUCGCUGGCACUGCCCCGUUUUGGCGUGUCCAUCUCUAGUAAAGGGCAUCACAAUAAUACCUGGUGUCCAGUUGCAGAGGACUAAUCGAAGCCUGGAGUCGGAACGUGAAUCCCAGAGGGGUUCUGGAGUGUGUGUGUGUGUGCGCUUGUGUGUUUUGGUUGAACCCCUCAGUCCUUCCAUCCUUUGUCCCCUCUGCCUCCCUUCCUUUACUCAUCAUCUAAAGAGACUUGAACGUGUUUCAGAUGCAGUUUCAGCAGUUUGGUUCUCCCUGGAGACGGCAUUCCCCCCUCUUAGAGAGGUGGCCGUGGUGGCGAGCAAAGCCAUCGCCAAGCAAACAGAGCCCACACCUUUGGCGCACGGGGCCCCCCUGCUCUGCCCUUUAGCAAACCCUGUGGUUGCUAGAAUGAAUCUGCCCUCCAAGAACAGAAGCAGGAAGUCACCCUCAUUUAGAGUCAGGUUAGGUUCCUAUGCAUUCGGGAUUCCUGGGAGAAAGAUUCCAUCCACUACUGCAAGAAAUGUAAAAGCUUCCAGCACCGCCCCCGGCGUCUGGAGCACAGGCUUAACUUUUGCCCCAAGCAGGCAGAGGCUUUCCCGGUGAGCAGGAAAACUGGAGAAAGAAGUGAGGGUGGCCCGGCCCGGGCCGGGUCCUCCCUGCGUCUGGAAGAGAGCAGCCCUGGGUGUGGUAGGAGAGCCAUCAGGGACGGCUGGGGUCAGGCGCUCUCAGAGGCCCCGGGCACCUCAGAGAGUCUGGAAUUCCUUUGCCUUUAAGGCUCGGCUCCAUGGGGGAUCCAGAGUCACGGAGACUUCUCAGGCCCUCAGAGGAGAGUGCUCCGGGGCGUCUCUGAGAAAACCCGAUCCCUUCUAGGAACAGUCAGGGCUCCUUUUGUGACAGCCGGACUUGGCAAGGGAUUGUAAUUGGGGGCCUUCGGAAAGACUAGAGAGAACUGGCAGUGGCUUUCCCAACCUUUCGGUUGGAGUCGGCAGCGACGCACGUAGCCUUCAAGGCUCGCUUGUUUCAUAUCCCAUCUCACCCUUCUUCUCAUCUUAUGUCCUGACCCUGCGUCGUGAUAUUCUGGCCGUGUUUCCGUAACUCCAGAUUUGGGGGCCCUCAAGGUUGUUGUCACUAAAGCUUGUGUUUGUAUUCUGGAAAAAAAGGCUCUGGAUGUGUGAGGUAAACGGGCCUGAUGGACUGUCAGCUCCAAGACUAGGCUUGUAUCACUCCUGGGUCAUCUGCUUCUGGUCCUUAUUACUUUUCUAGGUUUAUACUUCCCUUGAUUAGAGACUAUUAUUUAUAUGACAUAAUUGAACGUGUUUGAUCCCAGUCAUUGGGAAUCAGUUUAAAUAGUCUUGAAACUGACUGCGGAGAGAUAAAGCCCAGUUUUCUGAAUUUAAGAGACAAUAUUGAGUAACCCUUUGGCAAUAUCAUGGAAGUUGGACACUUUUUUAAAAUCCCAUGUACACAUUAUCUGAGACCAGCUCGAGAAUGGGCUAUUAGGGAAAAAAGGAUUUUGCCAUGUCAAUGAAAGGAAAGUAGUCACACAAAAUGCUGUCAUUAUGUCAAAGGGAGAAGCUUAUUUCAGUUUCAAGAUUGUUUACUUUGUGUAUCCAGGAAAAUUCUCGCAUAGGCUGAGAGUCACUUGGAUAGCACCUACCUUAAAAUCUCUGGGAGAUAGCUUCAGAGAUAGAGUUGGAUCUUAAGACUAUUAGCUUUGCUCUUUAUGAUAAAUGCUACUUUAAUGCUAUACAGAUGCAAAUGAAUAAAAGAAGAUUAUGUGAUCACA